CCCAUAACUAUUUAACUCUAUUUCUUCGUUCCUUUUAUUAUUCAAAAAUUCGAAAACAAACCCUAAUAACCCCAAUUUCGGUUUUUAGGUUUGCAUUUUCAUUAUUGUUGGAAACUUGAGCUUUGAUCAUCACUGAUCACAAUUAAUUAUAGAUAUCUGCCCUUUCAAAUGGUCUCUAGUGACGAGGCUCUACAAGCAUCUGCUGGAGAGAAAAGGAAACUUGAGAUGGAGGAUAGUGCUAACUCGGUUGUGGAGAAUGUGGAGCAAAUGAUACAGAUUGUUGAAUCGGUGGAUCGUAUAUCGCAGUUGCCUGAUCAUGUCAUCUAUCACAUUCUUUCCUUCCUUCGAAAUACGAGGGAUGCAAUCCGGACCAAAUGUCUUUCCAAGAGAUGGAGAACGCUGUGGUUUUCCUAUGCGGCGUUGAUUUUUUAUGAACAGAAGUUUGCUGCAGGAAUUGGACCUGAAGAUGGAAGUAAUAAGGAAAAUUUGUUUAGACAACAUGUAGCUGACUCUUUGCAUACAUACCUUGCAAACAAUUUGCAGAUACAGAAAUUGUUGCUACAUAUGAUGUCCUUUGACUUAACAGAUGCUCCACUUGUGGAUAGCUGGCUAACUUCUGCUGUCUCACAAGACAUCCAAGAAAUAGAUCUCCAGAUUGGCUUCAAGGAUAUCAAUCGCUAUACUCUACCAGAAGUUGUCUUGUCAUCUGAAACUUUGACCGGACUAAGGUUAAGUGGUUGCAUACUGAGGAGGUGCGGUAACAUAAUGCUUCCUCGUCUGCAGAAACUUUAUCUGCGGAAAGUUCACCUAGGUGAGCAAAUUGUUACAAAUCUUAUCUCCUGCUGCCCUUCGAUUGAGGAUUUAAGAUUCGUACAGUGCUCAGGUUUGAAAUUCCUAUAUAUUCAUUGUGAUAGUCUCAGUAGGCUUGAGAUCCACAACUGCAAUCAACUGAAGACGGCUUAUAUCUUUGCUCCUAAUCUUGACACAUUUUGGUUUUGUGGCAAGAAAUCAACACCUUGCAAAGUUAAUUUGGAGGACUGUGCCUCUCUGAAAAAGUUGACAUUAGAGCAUCCACGAGUGAGCCGUGACUUUUGUGAAAACCAGUUCAACAAAUUUCCCUUACUUGAAAAACUCGAUCUAUGCAUUGCUGAUAAGAUGAAAUCUAUUACAAUUUUUAACCGCUGUCUUCAGAGAAUUGUUUUAAAAGGAUGCAAGAAAUUGACUUAUGUUCAAAUAUAUGCUCCUAAACUUGUUUCGUUUGAGUUGAAGGGUGAAACCAUGCCGUACUUUGACUUUGUCACCCCUUUCCUCCUCACAGAUGCUAAAAUUUCUCUUUCAACUGCAACUGAAAGUAGAGACGUUGGACUCGGUAACCAACUGUGGUUUAUGAUGAGACCUUUUAUAUCGCUGUUCUUUCCUGUUGAAGGAUUUAAAAUGAUUAUGCAUUCUAGUAAGCAUAUUAUUAUUCAUGAAGAUUUGAGCAGCAUCAAAUGCCCUCCUUUGCAUGACCUGACCUUUGAGAUUAUCAAAUCAUCAGCAUGUGUGGAGGAUAUUUUGUAUGGUUUGUUGCGGACAUUGCACCCAGAAUCUGUAUCUAUAAUUUCAUCUUCAGGCAACAAAUUCCAUGAGUCGGUGUAUGAAAUGAUUAAGAUCAAAGAUGAUGAUCCAGUUUGUUGCAUUUAUAACAUUUCAAAAAAUAAAUGCUGGCGGCAUUUCUUGAAGGAUGUCAAGUCUGAGAGCUGGCAAGAAAUGCUUGAUGUCGUGGAGGCCUCUGAAGGUGGUAUCGGUACAUUGUAUUUUUGGUUGCAGCUGUCAUAUUCUUCGACAUCGCUGCGUCAGAUGACUAAUCUUAGAUUAUCUUGGAAUGCUCAUGAAGUUGAAUUGGAGACAUGAAAUGCUUAUUUAGUGAUUGAUUGACAGAAAAUUGUAUUAAAGGAAGUUAGGCUUUAGAAUUUGUUCCAUUGGCACUAUCCCUAUGUCCGUCCGUUUGUAUCGCUCUCCGUUGUUUUCUUCUUUUUACUGUUACAUCAAAUAUUCAAAAUGAAGUUUUAGUGAUCAGUGGUAUUUUGGAACAUUUUAUAUUGAGCAUGAUUCUCCGUCCCUUUA